CUGCAUGAGGGUUGCUAAGCAAUCGUGCAAAGACCCCAGGGAGGGCUGCCCGGUCGGAUGCCUGAAGGACCCGGCAGGGCCGCUCAGGCUAACUAGCGCAGUGCCUAGAGACUUGGUAUUGCGUCUGGAGGAUCGGGUGAACUGCGACCCGGCCUGGAGUGAGAUGACCUCAAUCUUGCGAAGCCCUAAGGCUCUGCAGCUUACUCUAGCCCUGAUCAAGCCUGAUGCAGUUGCUCACCCGUUGAUUCUGGAGGCUGUUCAUCAGCAGAUUCUGAGCAACAAGUUCCUUAUUGUACGAAUGAGAGAACUACUAUGGAGAAAGGAAGAUUGCCAGAAGUUUUACAAAGAACAUGAAGGUCGUUUUUUCUAUCAGCGACUGGUGGAGUUCAUGGCCAGUGGGCCAAUCCGAGCUUAUAUCCUUGCUCACAAGGAUGCCAUCCAGCUUUGGAGGACACUGAUGGGACCCACCAGAGUGUUUCGAGCACGCCACAUGGCCCCAGAUUCAAUUCGUGGGAGUUUUGGCCUCACAGACACGCGCAACACCACCCAUGGCUCAGACUCUGUGGUUUCAGCCAGCAGAGAGAUUGCAGCCUUCUUUCCUGACUUCAGUGAACAGCGCUGGUAUGAGGAGGAAGAGCCCCAGUUGCGCUGUGGUCCUGUGUGCUACACAGAGGGAGGCAUCCACUGUGCAGUUGGAACAGGAGGCCCAGGACCAGCCUGAAGAGGGCCUAUCAAUCUAUGAAGAUUGGUAGCAAUUCCUAGACUUUUCUCCUAGAUCUCUGGUCCAGAACAUUCUCAUGGGAACAGGGAAGCCUGGGCUCAUGGUGCUAUUUCUACUUGGCAUCACUACUUGCUAGAGGGCCUAAGUCAUCACUGCAGAGCCUUUAGAAUCUAGCUAUCUACGUCUUCCCUAGAAUGUUCAUGGGUUGUUUUAAAAAAAACAACCUGAGAAGUAUUCAUCCUUCUUCAAGGAAGAGCUUGCCCAAUUGACCUGCCUGGAAAAUACAGUGACUAUGUAAACAACAUUUAGCUUGUCUUCCUUAAUAAAAGUCAAGUGUUCUGAAUUA